ACGUGUUUAUUUACUUUUUGGAAUGUCGAACUCUGGCGAGGAUUUCCAGGUGGUUACGAGGAAAAAAUGGAUGGCAAGGAAGUGCCUUAGGCGGCGGGACCGCCACAAGUCCGAAAGCGAUUACUUAAAAGACUGUCCGGAUGUAAAUGUGGAAAAGUUUCAGGAACGCCUGGAGAACUUAUGCACGGAGAUGGUUCAGAGCGACUACUUCCUUGUGACCAUGGAAGCGCUGCAGCAGCAGUUGGAGGGCAUUAAAACGUCACUGGAACGGAUUGUCUGCCUGGGUCUUGGACCAUUCUCCCGCACCUACCAUGCCCUUCAUCAGGCCGCUUUCGUGAUUGGACUGCAACGGCACCACAAAAUUAAAGAUGCUCUCUAUUUUGAUCCCGUCUUUAGAGACACCGAGAAAGAAUUGAUCAACCUGUUUGACGGCUGUGUAAUGAGCGAAGACUGUGCGGGAAAGCAUGAGGCCACAGUUCCAACGCUCUAUUAUCUCCCCCACUGCCCAUACGCACUGAUGCACAAUAUUUUGUGGUCCAACUGGAAACGAGAAACACUGCCCAAUGUUUUUCUUAUCUCCAACAGCUUUGAAAUGCUGACAAUGAAUCGAAAAAGUCAGAAUGACCAUAUAAUGAGGAUAGUUGAACAUUGUACAGAGACUCCGCUAGAGGACGACUACGAGACCACCAACGUAUUCAAUGAUUUAUCGUUGCACACUUUUCCACAGGAAUCCCUGCCAGCAUGUGAUGAUGAAGUUUUUUGGGCGAAGUACUCUCCCUUGAAGGUGAACGAGGAUGAACUGAUCACAGAAACAGAAACAAACCUAGCCGCUCUGAAGCUGGAAUCGGAAUAAAUAAUAGAACAAAAAAACAAAUAAAACUUUAAAGUUGGAUUCAAAAAUAUU